UUUAAUGAUAAGAUCCAUUGAAUUAUAACCAAAUCUUCAAACCAGGCUGUGCACUUACCAAAUCUCAAUGAAGACUUGUUUGUAUUUAACAGUUAUAUUCUCUUUGGCUGGAUUUCUUACACCAGUUAGAGGAGAGUUGAAGAAGUCCCUUGUAACAUUGAAACAGGAUGUGCAGAAACUCAGAGACCGUGUGAUAGAUCUUGCAUCAAGAUUGAAAAACGCCGAAGCUACAAAACUCGAUCUUGCAGAAAGAUUGUCCAAGGCAAUGAAAACAAUCGAAAAUUUAAAAUCCGAGCGUACGGUGAAGAAACGAGCAUUCACUGCCUCCCAGGUGGCGUUUUAUGCUGCGUUGAGGCACAGUGUACACGCAAUGGAUCCUCAUCAUGCAGUUGUCUUCGAUGACGUCUUCACUUCAACCAGCCCUGAUGUCUACAACGAUGUAAAUGGCAUGUUUACUGCUCCAGUUUUCGGACUAUAUUGUUUUUCUUGGACCAACAAUGUUGAUGCUACUGACUACCAGUCUACAGAACUGGUACUGGAAGGUAAACCGAUGGCGUGGGCGUAUGCAGACACCAAAGGUGAUCAGAAUGAAGACGAUUAUGGUAGCUCCUCCCAAACAAUUCUUUUGAAGGUUGACAAAGGUCAACAUGUUUGGAUUCGAACUGGAGCGCAAGGUAAAGGAACUUUACACGGUGAAGACUACACAUCGUUUUCUGGAUUCUUAGUGUACCAGACAGACGACAGUACUUCGACUGGUGAUUAGACGCAGCAUUUGAUAUAUCAAGGAAA